CUACAGAGUCGUCCUCACUACUGCGACAGAACUGCUGCCAGCGCUCACCAAAGAAAGACCCAACACACCUUCACCACCACACUUCACUCUUUCGAAAAAGCGUUUCAUAAACCGCAACCAUGCCUAAGGAGAAGACCACCACCCGCGGCAGCAAGAAGGCCGCUGGUAAGGCCGACGGCGGAAAGAAGAAGAAGGACCCAAACAUGCCAAAGCGCGGUCUCUCCGCCUACAUGUUUUUCGCCAACGAGCAACGCGACAAGGUCCGCGACGAGAACCCAGGCAUCAAGUUCGGCGAGGUCGGAAAGAUGCUCGGUGAGAAGUGGAAGGCACUUGGCGAGAAGCAAAAGGCCCCAUACGAGGCCAAGGCUGCCGCCGAUAAGAAGCGAUACGAAGAGGAGAAGGCCGCCUACACUGCCGGUGGCGAUGAUGACGAGGACGAGGAGUAGAAAUUUUGCAUUCCUCUCUCUUCUCAAUCAAUCGGCCUACCACACACAAACACAACACUCCUGCUAUGCUCUCAUGGCAGAACCGCUUCUACGGACCAAGCUGGAUCUGGUUAACGGAAUCAAGGAUGCGGCAGCGAUGGCGUAACGACAGCUGCGUUACUUUGCUCUCAAGGGGAAAAUGGGAAUGAUACCACUAGCAAACGACAUCUAAUGAGCCCAGCUUCACGGCCCGCCGCUGCGCUGUGUACUAUAUAGCAUGAGCUUCGUUUUGAUUCGAGUGCGCAUUUCAUAUGUUAUGCAUUGAUUUACUCAUCGCACUAC